GUCGCUCCUGCACGGGCCAACAAUUUCCGGGCAAUGUUAAUAAAGUUUUGCGUUUUCUUAAUUCGUUAAUUAGUUAUUACGCGUAAUAUAAUAUUACCAGUUAGUAUUUUACAUGAAGCUCAGUGUUGUUAAAAUAUUGGACGUGUUUUUGUGAUGAAGUAAUGAAUCUUGUGGUUCUGUGACAGAUUGGCAGGAAUAUGCCUGGGAAAUGUGACGUGUUACCAUCUUGACAUCUCGAAAACAGUAAAUAAAGUUUGCAAUGUGGAGCGCUCCUGAAGAACCUCCUGAUAACAUGGAAGUUGCUGGGUCUUCCAAAUCUGGAGGAGAUCCUUCUUCCAAUGUCAAAGAAAUUUGUGAAGAUAACAAAAGCCAGCUGGAGACUUUCAAAGACAUCAUGUUGAAGACCAAGAAAGACUUGAAGAAGAAAGAGGAGGAGUUGCAGGGAUAUGCAAGUAAAUUAUCGGAAAUAAAAUCCAGAAGUAAGCGAUCUCGACGAAGCAGAGAUGCAGGCUCUUCUUCCGUUGAAACGACCCCUAAGUCCAAAGAUGAUGUUGAUAUGGGAGGCUCGAAGGAAGAUGCUGUCGAUGACAUCAGUCAAGCCAAAACUCCCAAAGCUAAAUCGUCGCUGCUCCAACGAAAACUUGCAGAAAAUCGCAAGAUAUUCGAACAACGCAGUAAAGAGAUGACCGAAAGUAAACGAGCUGUUGAGGAGAAAGUUGAGGCCAUCAGGCAACAAAUGGAUCAAACUGAUCUAUCAAUUGCUGAAUCACAAAAAGAUCCAUCCACUGUCACCCCUGUUAAGCCAGUUCUGAUAACUUCACAGAUUGUUGCGCCUUUGGACGUACAAGUAGCAUUGUUUCCGGACACUGACAACAAAGUAGUCGAACUGAACAAUCGAAUAUUGGAACUCGAAGCUUUGGUAAUAGAUUUACAGGAUAAUUUGAAAGAAAAAGAUUCAGUUAUCGAGUCGAAAACAAGAGCCGUUACUCUGAUGUCCGCCGAUCUAUCGAAAAAAGGAAAAAGCACGUUGGACACGUUGGAAGAUACAAAAGACGAGAUGCGAACGAUGCAGGAAAAUUUUGUUCUCAUCGAGUCUUCGUUACGAGUCAAGAACGAAAAUCUCUUGGAACAACUCCAGGAAAGAAACGAACGAGUCACGCAUUUAGAAGAAACAGUCAAUAGGUACGAGCAAGAAAUGGAGGAAAAACGUUUGGCGGAAAACGCAAGUGCAAGUUUGUCUCGUACGACUAUUGACACGUUAGCCGAUACGAAGAACGAAAUGAGAUCAAUGCAAGAAAAUUUCGUGCUGAUUGAAACGUCCCUUCGAGAAAAAAAUGAUAAUUUAUUGCAACAAUUGCAAGAAAAGGAAACAAAGUUGGCCGAAGCGAUAGAAAAGAUAUACAAACUGGAAUCCGGUGCUGGUAUAACAUCAGCUCCGGAAAUUUCUGACUUGCAAUACAAGAUCGAGAGACUAGAGCGCAGUAAUCUUGCACUUCAGGACGAGAAAUUCGAGUUACAAAAGAGUAUCGGUGAACUGCAGGAGAAAAUAGUCAGCCGCGAAUCAUCGAAUGGAAAUGGUUUGAUUAUUGAGAAAGACAACAGGAUAGCCGAACUCGAAACUCUUAUCGAUGAACUCAAAAAUUCGAACCAACUUCUCGAAGAAGAAUCUAAAGCUGAAUUGCAAAAGCAAAUUGAUGAACUUGUCACAAGAAACGAUGAGUUCAGGAGUAAAAUCGACGACCUUGAACGACUAAACAACGAUCUCGAAACUGAGAAAAACGAAUUGAGAGCUAAAAUACCCGACCACAGUGAAUCUGCCAAGGAGGACGCUGUUGUUCAAAAACUUAAGAAGGAACUAGAUGAUUUGAAUAAAAGUAUGAUCAAAUUGAAAGCACAGCACAAGAGCAAGCUCAGAAACUUGCAAAAACAACUAGAGAACUUCAAAAUGGUGUCCGACACGAAUGCCGAGCUAGUGAAAUUAGGAAACCAAGUGGCGCUACUGGAGGAGGAGAAAGGUAACCUUCAGCUGAGUCUGGUAGACUUUGACGAGCUUAAAGCUUCAGCCGGAGACUGGCAAGACCGCAUUGCCGACCUAGAAAGUAGGGUCUCUGCACAAGCCAACGAUAUCCAAGCUCACGUCGAAGCCAUUGCCAUCUUAGAAAACCAAAAGCUAGAUCUCAUGCAAGAUCUACACGCCGCGAAGCAAGAGAUUUCAGCGCUGGAGGCUGAGAACGCAGAGUCGGAAAAUCUCCGCGUCAGUGCGGAAAUGAAAGUCGUUGAUAUGGAGGAACAGCUGGAAUCUUUGCACAAAAUGCACAACGAGAAUGCGACGUUGACGCCGUCGGAUGAAAAAACGAGCGAAGAUUUGCUCGGAAAAAUAGAAGCGCUGACACAGGAAAAUCACGAGUUGGUGCAGAAAAUCGCCAAGCUCGAAGAGAAGCCAUCGUCCGAUGCUGGUUCGACGGAAUCGUUCGAAACUAUCCACGAAGACCGAAACGAAUUGACGAAGAAAAUCGAAGCGUUGUCGGUAAGAAACGCUGAGCUGGAAGAAAAACUGUUGAAACUCGAAGAAGCAACACGUUCGAACGUUGGUUCGACCGAAUCUUUCGAGACUAUUAACGACACCGACAGAUCAGAACUCGUGAAGAAAAUUGAUUUGUUGUCUCGUGAAAAUAGCGAUUUGGUCACGAGAUUGAACAAAUUCGAGGAAAAAGGUUCUUCGGACACAGGCUCAACAGAAUCUUUCGAAAAAAUUCCUGAACACGUCGACAGCUCCUCGAGAAUUGAUAUUCUUACGAGAGAGAACAAUGAACUUGUCAUUAAACUCACUAAACUCGAAGAGAAAAUGGACAAUUUAUCGGCUCGACAAAUCGGAGAAACCUCUGAAUUAAUCCGCUCCGAAGACUCGGCGGUAAAAGAUGGUCGAUUAGAAAAUCUCGUUCGUGAGAACAACGAUUUGGUGAUCGAACUCACCAAAGUACAGGAAAGAUUGUCACGAGUAUCCGAGGAAAAGGACGAGCUGCAGAAAUUUGUAGACGCUAACCAACAUCAGGAAACGAACAUCGAACAGCUCAAUUCUCAAAUGAAUUUAUUGAGCGUCGAAAAUGAAGAUUUGCUCGUUAAACUGAGAGAAAAGAGCGCCGAGUUGAGUGAAAACGUUGAAAAGCUCACUGAAACGGAAAGAACGUGUCACAGGGAUCGCGAAGAGGAAAAUAUCGCGAAAUCGACAACAGAGGCGAAAAUCGCAGCGCUCGAAACCGAGAUCGACAAUUGCCGUAAAUUAAUCGCCGAACAAACGGAAUUGAUCGACGAAAUGAAGACCAAAUUGACGGACAAAGAGACUGAAUUGGAAGAGCGGAUUAAGCGAAUUGGCGAAUACGAAGCAAGCGGGGUUUCCGCCGAAAAUUUGCAACGCGAGUUGACCGAAAGUUUCGGAAUCAUUGAGGAAUGGAAAUUUAAAUGCGAAACAAUGGAAAGAAAAAUGGAAAUUUUAGAAUCUGGCAAAAUCGCGAUCGAGGAAGGUUUGAAAAUCUUGCAAGAUGAAAAUAAAAUAUUGGCCGAAGAAACGAAGAAAAAAGACGCGAUUGCGGUUGCCUUGAAGGAGGAACUCGACCGGACGAUCGCCAAUUUCUCCAAUCGCUUGGACGAAAAUCAAGUCGCUGCCCUCAAACAGGAAGAAGAAAUAUCGAAACUUCAAGAACUUUUGCAAAACAAAGAUAAAGAGUUGCAUGAAAAAUAUACUCUGCUGCAAAACGAGAUGAUAAACAUCGACAGUUUGCAGGAAGAGUUGAACGAGCGACGAAUUCAGCUGCAAGAAAACGCUACGAUAAUUCUCACUUUGAAUGAGGAGAUUCAGAGUUUGAAAGCAGCAAAAAUCGUGAACGAGGAACAACUUUCCGCAGCAAAUGCAGAAAUCGGCCUCCUGCGAGAAGAACUUUCGACGAAAGCUGCCAAGGAAGCGAACAACGAGCAACUUCUCGAUGAAAUCAAGAGAACGAUGAACGAUUAUUUGAAGGAAAACGAAAAUUUGCGAACGAUGAUAGAAAACUCGAACGCACAAAUUGAACAUUUGCGUGUCGAAUUAGCCGCAAAGAACGACCAAGUUGCUCUACUCCAGAAGGAAAAACUCCACUCGGAAGAUCAAAUAAACGAUUUAACCAUUGCCAAAAACGCUCUCGAAAUGAAAAUUCAAUCACUGCACAAUAGUUUCGACGAAAACACAAAGUUUGCCGAAAAUCUCAAAGUAGAAUUGGGCGAUGCUUACAGAAUGAUGGAAUUGCUCAAAAACAAGCACACCGAAGACGUUGAAAUGUUGAAUCGCCGAUUAGAGGAUCUCAUCGAAGAUCUUAACGCGAAAACUUCCGAAUGCGAAACUCUGCAGGCAGAGCUAACGGAAAAGCUGAAAAUCGUGCAAGAACUUGAGUCGAGAAAAUUGGAAUUGGAAGUUUGUCGAGAACAAUUGAUCGAAAAAGAAAUUCUCGUUGGACAAAAUGUGACGGAAAGCGUGAAGAUCGACCUGGAACGAAGAGUCAACGAGCUGGAGGAAAAGCUGUUAGAAUCUGAAAAUAACACGCAAACACAGCUGCAAAAGAGGAAAAUUUUGGCCGCUAAUUUGAAGAAGAAAUCAGCCCAGUACGAAGAGCUUGAGGCUAAAGCUGCAGAACUCGAGGCCAAAGUUUCGGAGCUCGAGGAGAAAGCGACAAAGUACGAGUCCAAAGCGUCAGCUUUUGAGGCGAGAGCCAUGGAGCUGGAGCCCAUAGCCGCAGGACUCGAGGCCGAACUCGGUGACCUUAAGACAAAAGUCACAGAACUCGAGACUUACGUCGCGCACCUUGAACCGAAAGCCUCGACGUUCGAGGCGAAAGCAACGGAACUUGGGAUUCAAGCUGCAGAAUUCGAAGCCGAGGCGAGAGCACUUGGCAUCAAACUCGCCGAAUUUGAGGCAAAAGCCACGAAUUCCGAGGCAAAAGUCACCGAACUUGAGAUCCAAAAUGCUGUGCUCGAAAAGAAAGCAUCCAAAUACGAGUUCGAAGUCAGUGAAUUUCAGAGCAAAGCAACCAGUCUCGAGGCCCAAAUUCAAGAGCUCGUAUCUCAAAUCACCAGGUUGGAGAACGAAGCCACAGAGCUCAAGGUCAAAGCAGCGGAAUUCGAGACGAAAGCUGCAGAGAACGAGGCUAAAGCGGCGGAGUACGAGGAGAAGUGGAUAUCGGAGAAGGAUGAAAAGGAUGCAUUGAACUUGAAGAUUAAAGAAGACGAAGGUAUUCUUUGCGAAAAGAACGACGUGAUAUUGGGUCUCGAGCAAGAGUUGAAUUCCGUGCGUAGCGAAGCGUCAGAGUCUCUCAACAGAGCAGACAGUUUGUCAAGCGAGUUGGAAAAUUCGUCAGAAAAGAUAGCAGCUCUCAUGUCCCAAGUGGAAGGAAUGCUGGACGAGAUGAAAGCUUUGCGUUUGGAAAUGGAUGCGCGUUCGUCUGAAUUGGCGGAGGAGAGAGCAGCUAAAGAGAGUUUGAUGGGAGAAUACGAGAGGCAGCGUGAAGUUGCGCUCGCUGAGGAAUCCCAGAGACAGCGAGUCCUCGAAGAAGCCAAAGAAAAGGCGAGAGAACUCGGGGUCCGGAUGCAGGUCAUGGAGUCGGAAUACGUCGAGCAUUUGAACUUGAUCCAGACCCUGAGAACGGAAAAUGGCAUGUUGGCCUCGCAGCAAACGCAGAUCAACGAAAGACUCGAGAACGCAGAAAAAGAAGCUUCAGAGAGCAAGAUUCUGCUGGACCAAUUGCAACGCGAAACAGAAAUUCUCCGUCGAAACGAAGCUCCCGCGAAGGACGAACAAGCGAGAAACGACGAAAAGGAAUCCUGCGAUCACUGCGAUCAAUGCCACACGGUCGUUCAAGCUUUAGAAGCUAAAUUACAAGAGCGUGACGCCGAGAUCGAGAAUCUCGACAACGAGCUCGCCAAUUCGAUCGGCAAUUUCGUGCACAUGAGGGAAUCCCUGAGGGUGAGUGACCUCAUGAAUCAAUCGACUUCGCGAUCUCGCAACCACGAGGAAUCCCGCGACAGCAAUGAUCUCGCUUUCCAAUACAACGCUCUCAUGGCUCGAAACGCUGAGCUCAGCGACAACUUGAACUACAAGAUUCGCGAGAAUGAAGAAUUGAACGAAAAAAUCGUCAGUCUCGAAGCACUCAAUGCUGCUUUACGCGAAAGAACGGUCGCCGUCGAGGACGAACUCACCGGGUCCCAUGAUGCACCAAGAGUUGAUCCUUCCAGCCAAGAAAUUCGCGAUAAUUUGCAAACUUGCGAUAACGAAUUGAAAAAUGCGAGAGCUGAAAUUGAGGCCAUGAAAAAUCGCCAUGACGAGAUGCUCGGUGGGGCAAGAUCGCAGAUUCAACAGUUGGAAUUAUACAACGACGAACUGACACGAACUUGCAACGAUUUGACCACAUCCCGGAGUCGAGCUGAGGCUGAAAUAACUUCGCUGCGAGAAGAGGCUGCUAGUUUCCAGCAAAGAAUCCUCCAGCUGCAGGCUGACGUCGAAAAAUACAAAGAAGAAAAUUCUAAACUCGUCGAAGUCGACUCAAACAAGCGGGAACCUCGAGCCGCGAGCAGUUUCUUCGCUGAGGAAAAAGCGGAUGCUCCAAAAUUAUUCGAUGCGGAAAAGCUCUUCGGUCCGUCGCCAACCUCGAAUGCGAACGAGCAGAGGGAACUCGCUGAUCUUCGUAACGCCUUGACGACCAAAGACCUCGAAAAUGCUGCCCUCUCGCAACAAGUUAAACAACUGGGCGAACAGAUCGUUGCUCUCGAGUCAAUCGUCCGAGAAACGAGCGCCCAAAAUUCCCGAGAGUUGGAGACUGCGCUCAAUAAUUGUCAAACACUGCAAACCGAGUUAGCACAAGUUCAGCAAUUGCUGGACGAGAGAAAUCGACACAUCGACUCAUUGAAUUUGGAGUUGAACAACGUCGGGGCACAACUCGCUGAGCAGUUUGGUCACAGAGGAAAUAACGGGGUGAUUGAAAGAUUGAAAGCGGAGAAUACGGAACUCGUUGGGAAGUUGGAACACUUGCAAAUCGAAAAUGCUCGCUCCGGGAAAACUCUCGAUCUCAUAAUCUCUAUCUUUAAUGAAAUUCCCAGGGAAUUCGGGCCAGAACAACUCCAAGCUUUGUCCUACCUCAACGAAGUAUCUCCGAGCAUAAACGAGAGACUCGUGGAGAUAAAACAAUAUUUUGAUGCGACACUGAACGAAAGGAGCGAGCUGCUCACUGCCUUGGAUAACUGCAAACAGCGGAUUUCCACGUUGGAGGAAGAGCUCAAAAAUUCCAAUGAUUCGACGAGAAUUCAAGAACUGGAACAACGCGUGGACCAAAUUAAUCGCGAACGCGACAUCAAGCAACUCCAAGUCAACGAUCUCACUCGCUCUCUCGAGGAGAUGCAAGAGUCGAUGGAAAAAGCAUCUUCCAACGAGGAAAUACGUUUGAGAAAUCUUCAAGCCUCGCUCGAUCGAGCACUCAGCGAAAACGAUCAGUUGAAAAUGCAAUUGGAAACUUCGUUACGAAUGAGAGAAACAAAGGGACCCGGUGAUAAUGAAAAAUCGCAGACCGUCGAGACGCUGGAGACAUCUCAGGUUGAUCAAUCAACAAUCAGCGAUGAAGCAGAGCUACGAAAAGCUCAAUCCUCGGAAGUCGAAGUUCCGAUCGUUUCUGAAAGCGCUUGGGACGAAGAGGCGAAAAUGGACGACGAAAUGUGGUCGUGGAACGCCGAAGACGCUCGGCUGGCCGAAACUCACGGUCAUCACUUUACUGGCGACACACUUUUACCGAGUCUCGAGAGACGAUUGAACGCUAAAAUAGCUGAGCUGGAGGAUACGAUCCGAGAUCUUGAAACGGAGAAAGAAAAGCUCACGGAGGAGAUAAAAACUACACAAGUUCGGAGUGGCAAGCUCGUGAAGAAGCUUAAAGAAUUCAAAAUUCAGAAUGAAAGUCUUCAGCAGCAAUUGAAGAUCCAGAAAGCGAGUGUCUCGUUCGGCGAUCUCGAUACCGCGAUCGAGGAAGAGUUGAAAUUGCAAAUAAAUAAAUUAGAAAGCGCCUUGAACGAGGCUAAAGAAGAAACGAGGAGGGCCAGUCUAGAACGCGAUAAUUUAUUGAAGAGAAUCGACGUCCUUGGAGCUGCGAAUGAACGAUUGGUCGAGAUGAAAGAACGACAAGACAUGGAAGUCCAAGUUUUGCAAAUACGAGCAAAAGAUUUGUCGAACAAAUUAGAAUCGAUGGAUUGGCAGUCCCGUGAAAGUCGUGACGAGUACAGCGAAGAAAAUCGAACGCCUCAAGCUGUCCAAGUUCAAGAACAGGCGGAGACGAAGCUCGUGGAACCUCUGCAGAGCGCAGCUCCUCCCAUUAAAACCGCUGAUUGCCUCUGCGAAAAGUACAAAGCUGAGAUUGACGAGUUGCGGGACGAAAUUGAAGCUCUUGCAGCCGAGAACGAGCAGCUGCAAAAAGUACUUGAGGAACAAAAAUCCACGCGAUUAACUGGCGAGUCCAGACUCAAUGAUCGAUUGAACGAGAGUGCCAAAGAAAUCGAGGAAUUGUCGAGACGCAAUAGCCAGAUUCAAAAGGAACUCGACGAUACUCGAAACGAUCAUCAAUCAUUGAUGAAGCUUCACGAUCAAGAAGCGAAAAAUUCUGAACAACAAAUAACCGCCCUCAAACAAAUCCACGAUAAAUUGAAUUUUGAAAUUGAUCAAAAAACCGAAACUUCUAAUCUGGAAAUCACGAAAAUGCGAGACCAACUUCAAUCCAUGAGUUCAGAGAUGGAAAAACUUGAAGAAACUUUGCGAAUUUCAACCGAGGAGAAGAACCGAUUGAUCGAAAGAACGAAAGCUCACGAAGAGACUGCCGAGAGAUUGGCGAGUUUGGAAGGCUCGAUGACAGAAUUAAGCGGACUUUUGAAUUCCCGUGUACAAGAAGUCGCUGAAUUGAAACGUGAAAUACAGAGGUUGAAGGCUGACCGGAAAGAGGCUCUCGUAACUUUCGAGGAUCUGACACUGAAUCACACGCGUGAAAUGUCCAUGAAGAACGAGGAAACGCAUCGUUACGUUCUCGAGUGCGAGUCACGUUUGAACGAGCAAAAUGUGGAGAUCGCUGGAUUGAAGGACGAGUUGGCCAAGGUCGAACAUGAGAGAUCGACGUGUUUCGGUAACGUAGAAAAUAUGAAACAGGAAAUCGAACGUUUGAACAACGCGCUCGUCGAAAGUCGCUCACACCGCGAAUCAUUGCAGUCCGAACUCUCCGGCAAGGAGCAAGAACUCUUCCGAGAGGAAGAUGAGGUUAGAAAGUACGCUUUGGAGGUCAACCGACUGAACGAAGUCAUCGGACAUUUGCAAAAGUCUUCAGCCGAUACGAUCGAAGAAGCGAACAGAAGAUUUAGUGAAAUAGAAGAUCGAGAGGCGAGUCUGAAGCGAACGAUAAACGAGUUGACGAGCAGAGAAUCAGAAGCCGUUGCACAAUUGUAUCGCGAGAUAAACGAGAAGAAUAGUCAAGUCGCGAGCCUCCAGCAAACUGUUGUAAAUCUAGAGCAGAAAAUUCACGAAAUUGUGACGACACAUUCGAGAGAAACGAUCGCAGAAUCGAAGGAGAGUUCGACGGACGAUUCGUCGAGCGUCAACGCGACGAGGGACGAAAUUGAAAAGCUCCAAAUAAUCGUCGACGAGUUGAGGCACGAGUUGAGCAGCAAAAACGAGCAAAUCGAGGAUUACAAAUACCAAUUGAGCGAAAGUACUUAUCCAGCAAUAAUCCAAGCUCUACAGGAUCAGGUGAACAUGCUGUACGAUGAAAAAAUGAAAGUCGAGCAAACUCUUGAAGCGACCUUACAAGAACUGGCUAGAGAGCGCCAAGCCAGAGAAGAAUCUGCGACUCAGCCGCGAUAUCAGAGUAGACAAUUGAAUUCGAUGAUGGAGGAUGAGUCCGAAGAUAACACGAGAAGAUUCUUCGAAGACCCUCAAAAUAUUAGGCUCCGUGAUGCCGAAGACGAGAUACAAGCUCUCAAGAUGGAAAUCGAUGAAAGAAUAGAACGAUUCAAAGAGUUACACGACCGUUAUGAGAACGCCGAGGUCGAAAUAAACGACUUGAGGUUACAGCUUGCCUCGAAAGAGCAUGAGAUUUUGAAGAUCCAUCAGAAAUUCGAGAAUACCAGUAAAGAGUGCGAGCUACUCAAAAACGUUUUGAACAAAGAAUUGCCGAUGAGCGAACUUGAAAGCACCCGAACAGGCGAUACUCCGUCAUCGAAUCAAGCUGCCUUGGAACGAUCGUCCAACGAACUCGACAUUGCUUUGUACAUGCUUCAUCAACGUGACGUACGCUGUGAAGAAUUAACUCACGAACUUAUGCAACUUCUCGAGGAACGUGAUACCCUCCAAUUGAGACUUUCAAAUGCAAUUAGGGUCAACGAAGAAUUGCGUAGAGUUUUACCGAACGAGGCCAGAUCGAGCGAUCCCAACCACGAUAUCGGCGACGUUGAACCAAUCGUCGAAAAACCCUCGCCAUCCAAAUCCGUUGGACCCGUCGAAAUCGCCAAAGAAGCGAUCGAUACACCCAACGAAGAGAAAAUUGCACUCGCCCAAAACAAUUCCAUGGAGUUUCCACCGAAAAAAUUGAUGAAACUUGACGAUCGUACCUGGUUCCCUUCUACAUUUGUGGGCCCCAAUAAUCCAAGCGCUUUAGAGAAUUUGGAAGCAGUAGCAAAAAAGUUGUCGCAGUUGCAUAACACGGGACACAGAAGGGACGUUCGUCUUUUGGACGAUCGUGAUAUGAGGCAUAAUCAGCAAAUGUCUUUGCUAGCCCAUCGUGAUGUAUUGAACACCCUGCCACCGGAAGCUGCUGCAAGAUUGGUCAAUGCCAAUUACACUCUCUCCCGGGACGUUCAGAGUCAGUCGAGCGUGCUAAUCAAUUGGCUAUGGGGUAAAAGUACACCAAAAGUGGUACACAUGUGAUGGAGGGCCGAAAAUCUCGAGCUUUUUGUCUUCCUUGUGUCCUGGAGACAUUCCGAAAACCAUAACCAACUGCCAAAACAAAAUUCUCUUCGUGAAGAGACUGCAAGAGGUUUGACUGCAAUUCCAGAGAAUUUACUGCUUUGCUCGUGUGAGGGACGUCGUGUGAGAAUCCCGCGGGAAGAAGGUGCCUUCAUUGUUUAUUUUUUCUUUAUGUUCAUAGAUUUCUUUUGGUUUGCAAUGCCUCAUUGGCGCAGUGGCUGGCAAUCAUUUGUAUAGUUUCAAUAUUCGUUUUGAAGUAUCACAGAAAUGUGUUAAUUGUACGAAAAUAGGUAAAAUCGUCAUGCAAGUAUAACUGUCUCGCGUGAAUUGUAUAGAUCCGUUAAUAAUAUAUAAAUAUGUACACAUACAUACACACACACACAGAACCGCUUAUGUAUGUGUGAAUGUGAUUCGACAAUUGUAAUAAUUUGGGAGAGUGUCACAUGAUCAAUCGCUGUGCGGUCAGAAAAACUACAAAAUGUGCGUGCGUAAAUACAUAUGCACAUUCAUACGAGUAUUCAUAGUGUCUCAAAACUCAAAAGUCUCCCUCAAAUUUUUUGUCAUAAUCAGAUUGUGGAAUUUCCGAAAAAAGUUCCAUUUCCAUUUUUUUUUUUUUUCCAAUUAAAUUUCAUCAAUUAUCGAUUUAACUGUUCUGCGCAUAAUGUCUAUUGAUCGAGGAGUGUGAGUCGUGAGCUUGGAACGUUCAUUAACAAUUUUAUUGAAUUUUUCUUGAUAGUGCACAGCAUUAACUUCGUCUAAUUAGGUGCGCGUUUUACUUAUUCGAAUCACUAAAAAUUUAACACGAUCGAAAUUAUGUUGCUAUUGAUUUGAGUAAUGUUUGUGAAAUCCUCGGCAUCUUUCGAAUUUUAUCUUUCAUUUUAAAAAAUGAUAUUUGUAUGUGGAAAUCGAUAUGAAACUGGUUAACCAAAAAAUUAUUUAUUGAAUACGUAAUCGAAUUUCUUCUUCACCGAGUGCAGUUUUAUUUCAGCACUUAUGAAGUCGAUUUUAGUUAGUUCAAUUCUUUUUCAUAUUGAGAAUCAUAUGAAGAAUUUGGUAAAAUGGAGAAUCGUUUAUUUCUUUUAGAAUAUUAUUGAAAAAUUGGGAAAAUAUUAUCAAUUCGUUGGUUCAGUUUUUCAUAUUAUUCUUCUGAAAAUCAGUGUGCAUCUGGAGAUCGUAAAUUGUCGUUUGGGUUUCAUAGAAAUGUUGAGCUUCGGAACUCGUCAGAGAAAUAGAAUCACUUGAGAAACAUAAUGUGUGUUUAAAAUAUUCUACUAAUUUGAAUGGAAUGAAUUAUCAAUUGAAAAAAAUCAAAGCCCAGAAUCCACAGAUCUGAUUACAACAUGAAAUUUCAGUAUAAUUUUUGAGACACUCUAUGCAAAAACUCUACCGAAGCCACACUAAACGAACAACGCGAAAGUUGAUCCACCUGUUCAUAACAAUAUUUCAGUUAACACGAAUGUCCCAUUGACGGAAUGCUCUUUGGACUGAGCACGAAUUCAUUCAAGUUUUUAAAAACAAUAUUUUCAAUAUCGAUGAAACGAAUCCGUGGCGUUCGGUUAUUGGGACAUUUGAGUUUUGAAUGUGACAUCGUCAGAGAAUGCCCGUUCAAGUUCCCUCGAUUUACAGUGUAUUUCGCGCACUUUCAAGAAAUUCACGCCUAAUCGUGCAAUCUUUUGCUCGUGUGCAUUACGAAAUUUUGUACAAAGAUAAUGACACAUGAAGAACAAAACAAAAGAAAAAGAUACAAAUUUACAAGAUUUCUUGACGAAAUAAACGGCCGAUUGCGGCAUUUAUUGUAAA